UUGUGGAAAGGUGGUGUGUUCGAAGCAUGUUCGUAUUUCAAUGUACACUUUUUCAACAGCUGUUUCAAACAUACUUCUUCCUGGAGAUGUACUUCCUUUUUUUUUUUUACAAAGACCUGAUGGGGAAAGUCCCCUUAGCGAAAGUGACAUUUUUACCGGUGCUACUUCCUUUUGAGUAAUUUGAGUGAUGUUUUUCCUUUUGCCGUCCAGCGGACAUACGGAUGAUGGAGGAGUGUAGCUCCACUGUUGCUAAUCUGGGAGAAGAAGUGAUGGACAGGUUGGCCAAGAUGUUGGAUGACGCCAGCUGUGGAUGGAGGGAGCUAGCUACAGCUGUGUCUGAGCAGCCCGAAUUACACUGCAGUGAAAGGGACGUGACCAGAUGCUCGCUCCAGGUGCUGACUGCUGCAGGAAGCCCGGGACGCAGCCUCUUAGGUCUGCUGGCCGAUCGAUGCUGCUCCCAGGACUUCCUGCUCCGCUGCCUGAAGAAGAUCGGCCACCAGGAGGCUGUACAGCUCCUCACUGCGACGGAACACCCAGAAACACGGCAGAUCCGGGUUACAGCACAUCCCAAGUCGCUGCAGGCGGAGCUGGGCAGCAGGGUGGCGUUGACAUGCAGUGCCUCGGGACCGGCCGGUCUUAGUUACCAGUGGUUCAGAGGCAAAGAGGAGAUUUUGGAAGCGACUGGAAGCACUCCUGAGCUGGUUCUGUGUCCCUUGGGCCCCGAGCACCAGGGUUGGUACAUCUGUCGGGUCAACCACGGAGACACCUUCUGCUUCUCCCAGUGGGCUCGGGUGCGCUUGGUUCACCCGCCAGUCAGCACCGAUCCAGGCUGUGGUAGCGCCCUCUUUUCAGGGUCGGGCAGCGGUCUGCGUAUCAUCUACCAGCCUCGGUCCCAGGCCGUGUCUGAUGGUGAUGCGCUGCUCCUGGAAUGCAACGCCCUGGCAGAGCCCCCUGCCCAGUACCAGUGGUACCACGACUCCGUUCCCAUGCCACAAUACAAAGCGCAACAACUGCUAAUCCCCAGUGUGACCACGGCACACAGAGGCCAGUACAGGUGCCGGGUCUUCAACUUGUAUCACCAGGCGUGGAGCGAGGCUGCAACUGUCACGAUAGGCCCGACCUCCAUCGCAGAUGUGUCGUUGGUACAAGUUGAUCGUGGCAUAGAAUCCCGUCAAGUGGACAGGUCCGUCAGCAGUGCAGGAAGUCCUCCACCACGAGCACCAGCCAACACUUUCUAUGCAACAGACAAGGUGGCUCUCCUGAUGGGCAACCUGAACUACCGGCACCUCAAUGAGCUGUGUGCUCCCAUGGCGGAUGUCCACCAGUUAAGCAACCUGCUCAGACAAAUGGACUUCAAGGUGGUUUCUCUGCUGGACCUCAAUUGGCAGGAGAUGCACAGCGCCGUCACCGAGUUCCUUCUGCUCCUUGGCAAAGGAGUUUACGGCUUGCUGUACUUUGCCGGCCACGGCUAUGAGAACUAUGGCAACAGUUUUAUGGUUCCCAUUGAUGCACCAGCCUCCUACACGUCAGAGCACUGCUUGUGCGUGCAAAAUAUUCUUACUAGGAUGCAGGAGAAAGAGACGGGACUCAAUGUCUUCCUGCUGGACAUGUGCCGCAAAAGAAACCCAAACGAUGGAGUGGUGGUCCAGCCUGGAGAGGUGAAGGUGACGGCCAACAUCGUGUUUGGCUACGCCACGUGUGUUGAUGCAGAAGCUUACGAGGUGAAGAGGGAAGACGUGUCCAACGGCAUCUUCAUAAGCUUCCUCAAGCGCCGUGUGUGUGAUGGCGAGAAGGUCACGGUCAUGCUGGACAGGGUAGCGGAAGACAUGGGCCGCUUUGAAAUCACCCGAGGGAGGCAGGCUCUGGAGCUCCGCAGUAAUCUGUCUGAGCCACGAUCCCUCACUGACCCCAUUCGGACGCGGGACUGUUCUGCAGCCCAUUCAGCUCGGAACCUCCAGUGGGCCGUCGCUCAUGUACUCCCUGAGAGUCGUUUCAUCCACUUUGACUGCGGUGUGAAGGUCCAGCUAGGGUUUGCUGCUGAGUUCUCCAACAUCAUGGUCAUCUACACGCACGUACUGGACAAGCCCAAAGAAAUACAUUCAUGCUCCGCUCAACUGAUUGACUUCCCUGAGGAGGUGGACAUCGACCUGAAGAAGAGCAACCAGGAAAGCCUGCUUGAAGCCGGCAGUUUGUUAUUAAUCAAGGAAGAUCUCCCCUCACCAGAACUCCCCAGUCUCUACACGCGCAUUGGAAACCUGCAGAGGCUGAAGAAGGAGCUGACGUUCUGCCUAUGUCUCCAUUAUAUUUACUCCAACAUGGAGGAGGAAGUAGAGGAAAGGCGAGCCAUUACAGUCGGCAAACCGCUGGUCUCCAAACUCAACCUCCAUCAACCACGAAGCUCCGCGAGCACGUCCUUAAGCCUCGACUCAUGUGAUGUCUCGGAGGUCUCUUCUUUCUCGGAGGACUCUUCCUCCUCCAAUACAUGCUACAACUGAUAAAUGUGGGCACAAACAUUGGUGCUCGGCAUGAAAGCUCUCAUGUUGGACUAAGUAGCGAAAACAUCAGCAAGCACAGUACGUCCCGUAUCUAAAGUGGCUAGUUGUCUUGUGUCACUGUCUAAUAAGUCCCACUGGAAACAUCAGCUUCUCUCUCCAGGAAUAACUAUUCUACACGACACUACAUGCUGUACUACCACCCAGUAUUAGGGCCACAUUCCACAAUAAAGUCAUACAUUUACCAGAAUAAAGUUGUAAUAUUACCAGAACAAAGUCUUACACUUACCAGAAUAAAGUCAUAAUAGUACGAGAAAAAGUUGUAAUAUUAGACGAAGAACGUCGUGACUCUUACGAGAAUCAAGUCAUGAAUUUACAGAAAAAAAUUGUAAUAUGAGAAAUUUUAAAAAUGGAAAAAAGGUAACACUUUACAAGAAUAAAUUAGAAAAUUCACAAGAAAUGUCUUCAAUGUACAAGAGUCAAGCUAUACAUUUAAGAAAAUAAGCCAUAAAUUUAUGAGAAUAAAGUAGUAAAUGUGUGAGAAAAAAAACACGUCAUAUUUACAUUUAUGAGGAAAAAACUCAUAACUUGUUGUAACAGGCAUUGUCUAAGACGCUAUGAAAAGGGCGGGACUUAGGUGACCUUUGGCCUUGGACAUGUGGAGGGGGCGGGGACAUGCUAAUCUGUUUGUGUUUUGCUGCCACGUUUUAAAUAAAAGCUUGCCUUCCUUCCUGAAGAACUAUGCUCUAUUUUCCCUCUCACAACUCAUAGUAACUCUUUAUUCUCAUACUUGUACAUCUUUAUUCUCCUAAUAUUACCACUUUGCUCUCAGAAUAAUAUAUUAAUACUGUGUACACUGUAAGUACUAACACGGUGUGGCAGUGUAUAUACACUGUAAGUUAUACUGUGUGGUAGCGUAUUGAGUGUAAGUAAUACUGUGUGGUAGUGUACAGUAUACAAGUAAUACUGU